UAUGCGCCAAGCGAUCCAGGCGCUAAAAGAUGACGGCCUGACGGCGGUCGACAUGUACAACUGUUGGCUUGGCCGGCGGCUGAUCCCCCUGCGGUGCCGAGCUCACCCCAUGUGGGAGUACCGGGGACAGAACGACCGCACCCGGUCGACGGCGACCGAGUGGGACGAGGGCGAGUACCGGAAGGCGCUCGCUAAGAUCACCACUGCCACCUUUACUUCCUUCGAGGACGGCUUGCAGCCCUACACCGAAGACACCCCAGCGCCUCAGCGUUGGCAGAAGAUCGCAGACCACCUCCCUCCUCUCGCCGGAAAGGAACCACCGGAGAUGACCGAAGGCGAGGAGGAAGAGGUCGACGAGGAGGAGGAGCGCACCGAGUCGGACUCGGAGGCGCGGGACUUCAUCAGACUCCCGCGCGGGUCGAAGAGGGGUGCCGAGUCCUCGUCCCAGGGCGCGGCUGAAGAGGAGGCGACCUCCCGUCCGGAGGACAAGGCGGAGCCCUCCAAGGAAGGGGCCGAGCCGCUAUCGAAGCGACUGCGCCCCACUCUCCUGGAAGGGUCCAUGAGGCUUCAGCGUCCCUUGAAGGACGCGAUCGAUGCGGGAGCUCGGGCCGGUCCGGGCGUAAAAGCGAUUCCCACGGUGAAGUCCAAGAAGAAGACCUUGGCGAAGCCGCCCGCGGCCGGGGUGGCGGCCACGAGGGCGGCCGAGGCAAAGAAGAAAGCCGCGGAGAGGAAGGCGGCGCCGUCCGACCUUGGGGGUGCGGGGUCGGCUCCAGAAGAGCCCGCCGCCGGGAGUCAAGCGGAGAAGGAGAGCAUUAGCCACGUCGAGCCCACCGCCAACGUUUUUCCUCUACCCAGCAUGGCUCGCGGGGGCAUGGCGAGUGCGGCGACGGGUCCGGACGUUGCUCCGCCUGUGGUGGAGGAGGACUGGGCGUCCCCGGUCGCAGAUACGUAG